AUGUCCCUGGGGAUCAAUGCAAUAUGGAGGGCCCGACCUCAGCGAACGCUCGGCCUUCUGAUUCCCAGGGAGUGGCCCCUCGUCUUGCGCCCGCGCCAGCGCCCGCCUCGCAUCUGCCUCGCUGUCCCUGUGACGAGCUCCUUAUUCUCGACUCGGGCGCACCUCAGAUUGCCCGAAACAUCAGCCAAGGAUGCAGGCACCGCCUUUACAGGCACAGAGGAGGGUGAAAGGCAGCAGGACGAUGUGGACGAACCCAGCGAACCCAGCGAACGCCGUCCGGUGCGGCCGCCAGAAGUUGUCGGCCAGACUGAAGAGGCCAGAGAGCUGAGGGACUGGCUCUCCGAGGCACCCAAGCGGGAGAGAAAGAAGGAGAAGGGCCCCUCACACCUCGACCCCGAGGAGAUUCUGGAGAGGGAGCUGGAGAGGGAGCUGGAGCGCAGCAAGCUGGCUCAGUCCGUCUUCGUCAAGCCCGCCCGAACCUACCCGAACAAAAAGGAGACGCGCAAGAGCUGGAGGGCCCACCAGGCGUCUGUCUCGACCCAGGUCUAUUACGAUCGGAACUUCCAGAACCUCACGGAAGCAGGCAUCGAGGUCAACCCAGCCUCCACCGACUGGCGCGAUGCCCUGGCGGUACUAUACAGGAAUACACCGGUGGCGUCGGACGAGUGGAUCGAGGAUGGCAUGAAGAUCGAGCUGGCCAAGGACAAGUUCGACGCCAUCAUGGAGGACGGCGGCGACGAGAAGAUCGGAUCCAUCAGACGGCGGACGGGGGCUUCUAUCAAGGUCUCGAGCGCCGACGCCCCGGGCGCGCCCUCGUCGCUCUUGGUGUCGGGCACUCGCGCCGCCAUCAACGCCGCCACCGCCGAGUUCAGGAGGAUCGCGGGGCGCAUCACCAUCACCCGUCUCUGGGCCGACCUGGGGCCCGGCGAGGCCAGGACAGAGUCCUUCAGCGAGGACGACUUCUUCGUGCCGCCGCUGGCCCGGGAGGAGGGCGGCCUCUGGCAGCGGGUCAAGGUCGACUACAGCGCCUACAAGACGGCGUGGCCGGUGCACAUGUCGUUCGCGUCCUUUGAGCGGUACGUGGCGUCCUUGACCGACUCGGCGAUGCUGCCGCACCUCAACUCGCCCCUCUACAACCCGACCAAGCACGCCGUGCUGCUCGACCACGAGCGCGCCGUCGCCCGCCGGCUGCAGCGCGCCUUCACGAACCGUGACGCCAAGCCGUGGAUCUCGUGCGCGGCGCUCAAGCUCGCGCUGUCGUUCCUCUGCCGCAGCGGCGACAAGUUCCUGCCCGAGGCGCGCGGCGUCUACAACAGCAUGGACCGCUUCGGGCUCCGCAUGGACGCGGACGUCUUCAACCUGCUGCUGAGGGCGCCCGCGGCGGCGCGGAACCUGCGCAAGUUCCGCCGCACCGUCAUCAGCAUGCGGCGCAAGGGCCUGCACCCCAACCUCGACACGUGGAUCCUCUUCCUGCGCAUGUUCGAGUCCGUCGAGGUCAAGAGCCACGUCCUCCGCGCCAUGAACGACAAGAACCUGCUCGCCACGCCCGAGGCCGUCCGCCGCGUCGCGGAGGAGAUGGCGCGCUUCGACGCCGAGCACGCCAUGGGCCAGGGGAAGGACCUCGCCGCCUUCCUGGCCGAGCAGGACGAGCGCUACGGCGCCGACUGGCUCACCCGCGACGCCGCGAACCCCGUCCUCGACGUCCUCUGCCGCCACGGGCGGUUCGCCGACGCCUUCGCCCUCCUGGACCGCAUGAAGCGCUACCUCGCCGCCAUGCCCCCCGAGCGGGCCGACACGGACCGCAUCCCGUACAAGCCCGACACGGCGAGCUACAACACCAUCAUCUCCCACGCCCGCACGCAGGGCAGGGUCCCCGCCGCCGUCAACGCCGCCCGCAGGAUGAAGCGCGCGGGGGCCGCCGCGCAGCCCGGCCGCGACACCUUCGAGCUGCUCUUCGACAUCGCGUGGCGCGCGCGCCUGCGGUGCGCCGUGGGGAUCGUGUGGCGGUACGCGUGCCUCGCGCGCCUGACGACGUGGCGCAUGCGGCAGCGGGUCGCCGGGCUGAUCCGCGGGCCGCCGGCGCGGCCGCAGCGGCACCGCAGCAGCAGAACACACAAACGCGACGGCGACGAGAAGACGGUCCACGACAUCUCCGCCGCGGCGUACGCGCAGCUGGGCGGCGAGGCGCUGGCGCGCGACCUCGCGGGCGGCGGGGCGCGCGCCCUGGCGCGGGUCAGGCGCCUCGGCGAGGGGCGCCACGCCUCCGAGCUGGGGGUGCUGGCGGCCCGGUGCUGGCCCGAGGCGUUUGGGGAUGCCGGGCCGGCGGUCGCGCUGGGGGAGGUGCUCGCGCAGGCUGUGCUGCGGGACCUGGAGUGUCUUGGUGCCGUGCGGGGGAGGAAGAAGGAGAAGGACACGACAACGGGGGUAGGGGUGCCGGCCUGGGUUGAGGCUGGGGCCGCCUGCGUGCUGCCGCUGCGGGCGCGGCGGGGGCCCGCGGAGGUCGGGGCCGGUGACCUCGCGCCGCUUGUUGACGACGACGCCGGGGGGGGUCCCAUCGGGGUCUCGGACCGGUGGGCGCUUGAUGAUGGGCUGUUUGCUGGUGUUGGUGCGGGGGAGGAGGGCCCGCGGAUGAUGGCUAUUCUUGACCCGGGGGUGUGGGCUGAUGAGUUCCGGGGUGGUGGUGGUGGUGGUGGUGGUGGGGAGGACAGCCGGGACAUCGAGGGGCGGCGGCACGAGGUGCAGGUCCGGAACGAGGACGACGUCCUCGCCGCGCUGGACAGGCUUGAGGGGAUGUAUUCUGUGGACUUGCGGAAGGUGGUUAGUGUGGAUGGGGAUGAGGGUGGUGAUGGCGGUUUUGGCUGGCCGGGUGAUGGGGAGUGGGAUGGUGAGUGGAGGAGGGUCAUUGGCUCUGAUGAGGAUGUUCAGGUUGAGGGUGCUGGUGAUGCAUGUGAGGACAAUGGGGAGGUGGGGAGUAGGGAAAGUACUAGUUGAUAUGGUUACUUUAAUUGACCCCAUAUUGCCCACUGUGAA